CUCCAUCUCUAAAUUUCGGCAAUAAGACUCCGCUCUCUCCGCACAAGUCACUUCUCCUGUAGUGGCGUCGAAGGCAACGAGCGUGAGGCGCGAGCUCCGAGGCGACUUCCUACAGGCGCAGACACCGACUGGCAUCCGCGCGGGACCCGACAUACCCCUCCCGAUCCCCCACAUACACCGCGGCCACCAUGAUUAUGAAAAACACCCUCUUGACGGUGUUCCUCUCCCUGGUGUCAGUUGGCACCGCGUUCUACGCUAUGGUCUACCCGGCGUGGUUCCAGCAGCACUACCGCCGUGAUGGCAACAAUGUAUACCAGGGGUACGGACUAUUCGCGUUCUACUCAACCAACAGUCUCGAGUCGCCGUUCUACGCGUCGGCCACUGUGUUGCAAUACUCGGAUUUUUGCGUGGAGAACUACACGACCCCGAACUACAUGUUGGGCGACGGCGCUGACUUCCACGAAGUGCUUUGUGGCAAGCGAAUGAAGUCGGUACAGGCCACGACAGCCACGGGUGCCGCCAUCUCCGUCGUAGGGCUGCUCACGUCCAUCGGAGCGGUCUACAACCCGUCAGCCGGGUACAUGGAGCGUGUCGUGUCGUUUUGCACUCUUGUCGGCUCGUUACUAUUGGCGGUAUCUUUGGUUAUUUGGGGCGCACUAUUGCAACAGACACUGUACGAAAUUGACACUAUCAACUCGGCCUACACGAGUUGCAAGGCAGACAACACCAAGUGGCAUUGCUGGUUCUAUGGGUACAGUUUCUGGGUCUGUCUGGCGUCAGUGAUUAUCCUGUCAAUUACUGGCUAUUUGAGCUCGGCGGGACGUGCCGAGAAGAUCCGGUACUUCCGCAAGGAGUACGAGCGGGAUCUGGCAGUUGCAAUGCAGCAAAGUAUGGAGAAUGAUGCGCAUGCGCACACACAAUUUGUACGCACGGAGUCAGCCGGAGGAUUCGGCGUGAGUGCAACGCAACAAGCGUACGGACAGGCGCCCACGCCUUCGCAGCAGUACAACCCCAACACGGGACACCCGUACACGACUCCACAGAAUAUGCAACAACAACCGUACGCAAAUGUGUACGGCAAUCAAAACGCGGCUCCGAAGCCCAUGGGAUAUCAGCAACAAGUCAGUAAUGUGCCACUAACAGCGCCGUCCGCGAACAACCUCAGUCGGACGAACAGCAACGAGAGCGACGCAGUGUACCCCAGCUAUAGCGAACAGCGCAAGAACCACUCUUUGUUGGGUCGACAACCCAGUGGUGGGGUCGUGUAAGCAUUAUUGUACGCACUCUUUAGCUAUGGACAAGGUCAGUACAAAAAAAGUAGUUUUUCAUCUGCGAGAGCUCAAGGGAAGAUGACACUGCAGCUUUGACAAGUGGCAUCUAUUUUGAUUUUGAUUUUAUGUGUUGAGCUCCUCGCAUCGGCAUCGAGGAAGCAGAA